AUGUCCUUCGCAGAUUGGCAUUCUGGAGUCUCCGUUGCCACAACCGCCAGCCAACAUGGUUUCAUCAAUAUGUCCACCGUGGACGACCUUUCUUACACCCCGUCUGAGGAUGAGAAGUACCGCGAUGCUGCCCAAAUUGCUGCCACUGGGCGUCGAAGUUGGAAAACUCUUAGAGGAAAGGGCGAAGCGGUUUGGCCACCCAAUUUGUCAGGAGGCUGCUCUGAUCGAAGGCAAGCCACGCUUCAAAUUGGUUUCACGGAGACUCUGACUAACGCCGUUGCAUUAGCCCUAGAAAAAUAUCGACAAGAGGGAACGUGGCCGAACAAACUUCUUGAUCGCUUUCCGAUGCGGAAUCGCUUUAUUUCGGAUUAUAUCUUUGAGGUUACUGGAAAGUGCAGGACCACUAAGCAAGUAAGCAGUCGCCUUCAGCAGAUGCGAGAUACUUGUAAAGGCGGACCCAUCAUGUCAGUCCUGGAGUUAAUCUCCGGUCGAUUCUCAUCCGUAGAAGCCGAGACCAUGACAGAAUCUUCUGGAACCGUGUCGGAGGGCAGUUGUCACGCCUCUCAAAUGCCUUACGAAAAUUCCUCUUCCAGAGAUCACCUUUGUGUGGAAAUCUCCGUUCAACCGUCGAUGUCUCCUGUUCCGAUAAUUCACUUCAAUUUGAACGACAUCGCAACCCCCCUCGUCAUCUGUUUAGCUUCUUCGGCUGUCCCGGCCUAUCAAGGACACAGUGUCUCUCGUAAUUCCCGAGGCUCUGUGCUGCAUACCUCAUCAAAUACUGUCGAAUUUACAUCGCCCUGGGCUCUUAUCCUGAGCUCGGUUUUUUAUGUUUACUGCGAUGGUUCAGAGUUACUGGUCCACACAGAGGACGUUCCACUCAAGUGCCUUUCAUCUCCGGUGCAAAGUUCUGGAUGGCUUUAUAGCACUGAAAUUACCCCGGCCUUCUGGAAAACGCUCUGCGAGAAAAAAGAACUGACGCGGUACAUGAUCCUGCAGCGACUGACCCCAAUUCAGUCGUACCAAUCCCCGAAUGUCGCGCGCCGCUCCUCUGCUCCUGCAGAAUUGGCUCGAUCAUCUCAAGAAAUUUUUGUAGUGUACCACUUCGAUGUUGUCGACGAACUUGACGUUAAGGUUCUCGAUACCACAUUCAAUUAUCAGUCUACGAGCUCCCAGAGCAAUGUGAGAAUUUUCCUUCUCCUGUUUGUUGCCCCCUCCCAACAACAUCCAUCAAUGGACUACCAUCAAUGGGAUUCGAGUAGGGAGCAUACAGCCAACUGGUUGUCUCACCAGACUCAACCCGUUGAUCAGCAUUAUUCCAGUUCAAUGACAACGGCUCCUCCAUACACCCAAAACAACUAUGCUUAUGAUCGCCAUUAUACUCAUAUCUCGACCGAUUCCUCAUUCAAAUAUGGGGGUUCUCAAUAUGAAACUGGUUAUGGUGUCCCCGGAAUCAGCUCUUGGCCUAACCAGCAUGCAGAAGUGCCCUCUCUCCACUAUGCCUAUCUAUAG